AUCCUCCUGCGGAACACAGCCGCUAACGCAAGUAAAUUCGCCUCCGUAUCCGUAGACAUCACUCAAACAACUAAACGACUUAACGUUGAAAGGAGAGAUCUUUUCGAGAGAGAACAAGAGAAAGGAGCUAACUUUCUCGGAGGAGAAGGAAACUGAAAAGAACAGAUACAAAUCGGAGAAGGAAGACAGAGAGAUGUUUUACAGUGAAGCUGGCAAGAAGGAAAUAUACGCAAGGACAAAAGAUGUGGGAAGAUAUUUUUACUACAACGCAAUGCCAGUUUGGUCAAAAUAAAAUCGCUGCAAAAUAUUUUUAAAAUCCGCAUAAAGAGUAUCAUAGCUGCACAGAAGGUGUUCGGUUAAAUUCCGCUGAGAGAAUUUUUCGACUUUCGAUGCUUCUGGAAUGGUAUCUCGCAUGGCUGCUUUGACUUCUCUUUCUUCAGUUCAGUUCAGAAUCUCCGACAUUCUCGGAACUCGUCUCAAACCUUGUCCCCUCUUUCCAGUUCGAAUAACAAAUGUGUUCGUGAAAUCGUUAGUGAUUGAAGCGAGAAACAAUUCUCGAGUCGAGAGCCCCAAAACCAGGAACCGGAGGAGCAGGAAGAAGUUUAACGGCACACAAACGAAACCGAGACUCUCGGUGUUCUGUUCAGACAAGCAACUCUAUGCUAUGUUGGUGGACGACUUUAACAAAAAGUGUUUGUUCUACGGUAGUACAUUGCAGAAGUCCAUUCGUGGCGAUCCUCCAUGUACCGUCCUUGAAGCAGCGAAACGGGUUGGAGAGGAGCUCAUCAAGGCUUCUAUAGACCUCAAGAUCAACGAGAUAUCAUCCUAUGAUCGAAACGGGAAUGCUCGAGGGGAAAGAAUGCAAGCCUUUGAAAUUGCUAUAAAGCAACACGGUUUCUUACCAUAAUAGCAGGUAGUUUAAACAGAAGAUAUCACACUUAGAGUCUCACCGAGAGAAUCUUUCUUUGGGAACUUUGGAAACUUGAUCUUGGAAGCACAUGAUUUAUCAGGCACAUAAGGGCAUUCCACAAACUCUUUUGCGUAGUUAUCAAGGCAUAUGUAGAUCUGGAAUAGCUGCUUUGUCCCCUUUACAUCUUCAUUGCAUUCGAUACCUGGUGCAUAUCCGAUGGCACACUUGAUAGCGUUCUUGAUCUCAUCUAAACCGUAUAAACCACCAUCCGGUUUAAUUCCUACACAAGCACAAACAAUGAUCAGUGUACAAAACUUUUACAUGGAUUUACUCUUUUUUUUUAUGAGUCUUUGAUGUACCUUUUUGUUUAAGGAUGUUAAGUAGAUUGAGUUUUUGUCUGAA